UGAGUGGAUGAUCCUGGCCACCAUCAUUGCCAACUGCAUCGUCCUGGCUCUGGAGCAGCACCUCCCAGAUGGAGAUAAGACCCCCCUGUCCGAACGCCUGGAUGACACAGAACCCUACUUCAUUGGGAUCUUCUGUUUUGAGUCGGGUAUCAAGAUCUUGGCUCUGGGCUUCGCCUUCCACAAGAACUCCUACUUGAGGAACGGAUGGAACGUCAUGGACUUCGUAGUUGUACUCACAGGGUGA